CUGCAGGCGCGCGUGAAUGCUGCUCGUGUUGAGGAGUACCACGCUGAUGCUCUUAUCCUUGCCAUGCUAAUGACUGCGCAUUAAAAUGAGCUGCGGUGUGUGCUGGAGAUUAAACGCAGACGUUUAACACCGCGUGUGUGGAGAAGGUGACGGAGCGACGCGGUGUGUCAGUGAAGGAGGCGAGUUCUGGGAGCGCAGUGUGGAUCACAAUGAGUCCUGAGCCGAGCUGAUUAGCAGUAGUGCUAACUAGCUUAGCCGAAGUUGAUCAGUGCGUUACUGUGAAAGGUGAGAUGGAGAACUACAGGAAAGCGGGCGUGGUUGAGCAGCCGUGUCUCUGCCCGUUUGCCGACCUCCUCCAUGAUGGCACUCCCGUGGUCCGGGUUCGAGACGGCAGCAAAAUCCGCAACCUGAUGCGGUUCGCUCAGAGCCGGAUGGAGGGCCGAGCGGAGAAACCGCCAGAGGGCGGCGGAGGUCAAGAGGAAGCGGAACCGAGCGCCGAAUCGCAGCUGUGCCGCCAGAUCGUGUUCACGGGCGUCGGCCCGAGCGUCUCCAAGGCCAUCACGUGCGUGGAGAUCAUGAAGCGGCGUGCGGGGGGGCUGCAUCAGGUCACGCGGCUGCUCUACAGCUCGCUGCAGGAAACGUGGGAGCCGCUGGAGCCGAGCGCCGGCCUCGAGAGCAUCACCGUGACCCGGAACGUCCCCGCCAUCUGGGUUCUGCUCUCCAGAGACCCGCUGGACUCGAAUGCGGCCGGAUACCAGGCACCCGGGAGCUUCGAUGCGCUGUGGGUGCAGGCCGCCGUUAAAGAGGAUCGAGAGAAUCAGAGGAGGAGGAGCGGAGGAAGAGGAAAAGGACCGCGCAGACAGACGAUGCGCCCCAGAGACGAACGGAAAACUUCAGGACAAGCAUCAGGAGCGCACUGAGGCUACCGCCACCCGGUUUUACCAAAAACAGGCGGAGCUUCAGUUACGCUUGGCCGGCGAGAUUUUACAACAUCACCAUGAUAAUAGUUGGUUAUCACGCUCGUUUGUGAAUUUGGCGAGCUGCGUACCGUCAGAGAGCUCACGCGGGACAAGUCACGUCUGUAAUCUGUUCCACAGAGUAGAAUUAUCAUGAGCCUCACACUGAACUAAAGAAAUGAAAAUAACAUUUACGAGUGGUGAUGUCAUGAUCGGGUUUUAAGCUCCGCCCCCACCGUGCAGCAACACCAGAGUAUUUAAAUCGGGACACUAGAGAGGUUUUGGCUGAAAUGGGUAUAAUUUUUUAUUUAAAUUUUUUAAGAGAACAAAAGGAUUAUUUCAGAGUUAAUGAAG